AUGUCGGCAACAACACCUCAGACCAAGGACGCGACUCCUACAAACGGAGACUAUCGAGCUUCGGGCACAACAGCUGGUCGCAGUGAUAAUCCUCUAGUCCACGUCGAACCACCACGGAGAGAAGAUCUUCAACCAAGCUAUGCCCAGGUGCUACAAGGUGACGAUACUGCCGCGCAUGGAUGGUAUGGAUCCAUGAUCAACAUGUUGGGCUCUUGCAUUGGAAAUCUAGGAGCUAUUCCAUGUUGUAUCGUCUGCCCUAAUCCAUACAAAAACGUCGCGCAAGGAAACGUUGGUCUGGUCACCAAGUUCGGUCGGUUCUAUCGUGCUGUCGAUCCUGGACUGGUCAAGAUCAAUCCUCUAAGUGAAAGACUUACCCAAGUCGAUGUUAAGAUUCAGAUCGUUGAGGUUCCACAGCAAGUUUGCAUGACCAAGGACAAUGUUACGCUCCAUCUUACCUCGGUCAUCUACUACCACAUCACUUCGCCACACAAGGCAGCCUUUGGAAUCUCCAAUGUUCGACAGGCAUUGGUUGAGCGAACUCAAACCACACUGCGUCAUGUAGUUGGUGCACGAGUUCUCCAAGAUGUCAUCGAACGCCGAGAGGAGGUAGCUCAGUCCAUCGGAGAGAUUAUCGAAGAAGUUGCGAUGGGAUGGGGUGUAAAGGUCGAAAGCAUGCUCAUGAAGGAUAUCAUUUUCAGCAACGAGCUCCAAGACUCCCUCUCCAUGGCCGCACAAUCCAAGCGUAUCGGAGAGUCCAAGGUCAUUGCCGCCCGUGCAGAAGUUGAAUCUGCCAAACUUAUGAGACAAGCUGCCGAUAUUCUUUCCAGCGCCCCAGCCAUGCAAAUCAGAUAUCUCGAGGCAAUGCAAGCGAUGGCCAAGUCAGCAAACAGCAAAGUCAUCUUCCUUCCCGGAGCUCCAUCGCUAGGUCAAUCAAUGGAUAUCGCGAACAAACUUGGCGAAGGACCAAGCUCGCAUGGAGAGCCCACAGCGGCACAGAACUAUGACAGAGACUUUGGAGGUAGUACUGGUUCCGGUUCCGGUUUCCAGCAGGCUAUGAACGCCCGCGUCGUCGAGACUAUCUAG